GUUGAGUGAAGGGAACAGAAUUGAUGUGAUGUCACGUAAUGUGUGAAUGCAGUGAUUGAGUGAACAAGUGUUGCAUUGAGUAGUUGUAUGACUCAAAGUGAAGGCUUAAGUGAUUAGAGCCGGCGAUCAUUGCAUUCACUGUCACUUGAAUUGUGUGCAAAGUUAGCAAACCUUAGCCAUUGUCUCACUUCUCGGCCACAAAUGGAUGAACAAUACGAUGCGAUUGUGUUGGGGACGGGACUCAAGGAGUGUAUCCUGAGUGGAAUGCUGUCGGUGUCGGGUCAGAAGGUUCUUCAUAUGGAUCGCAACAAGUAUUACGGAGGAGAGAGCGCGUCGAUCACACCUCUGGAGGACUUGUUGUCCAAAUUUGGUUUCGACGCCACCAAUACUCCCGUCGAAGAGUUCGGUCGAUCACGUGAUUGGAAUGUAGACCUGAUCCCAAAGUUUCUGAUGGCUAAUGGUUCUUUAGUGAAACUACUGAUCCAUACGGGAGUUACCCGUUAUCUGGAGUUCAAGUCAUGCGAAGGGAGUUAUGUCUACAAAGGGGGCAAAAUAUUCAAAGUGCCCGCCGAUGAGAAGGAGGCCCUCUCUUCCAGUUUGAUGGGAAUGUUUGAAAAGAGGCGUUUCCGCAGUUUUCUGCUGUUUGUUCAGGACUUCAAUAAAGAGGAUCCGAAGACAUGGAAGGAUAUCGACCCAAAGACCACAACUGGGCUUCAGUUGUACGAGAAGUUUGGUUUGGACAGAGACACCGCUGACUUCACCGGACACGCACUGGCGCUCUAUCGUAACGACGAGUACUUACAGGAGUCGUGUUUAGAUCUGAUAAAUCGCGUGAAGCUCUACAGCGAGUCGUUGGCUCGCUAUGGAAAGAGUCCAUAUCUGUAUCCACUGUACGGAUUGGGAGAACUGCCGCAAGGCUUCGCGCGACUCAGCGCUAUAUAUGGCGGCACUUAUAUGUUGGACAAACAGGUGGACGAACUGGUGAUGGAGAACGGGAAGGUUGUGGGCGUCCGCUCCGGCGACGAAGUGGCCAAAUGCAAGCAAGUCUACUGCGACCCGUCGUACGUGACCGACCGCGUCAACAAAGUGGGACAAGUGAUCCGUUGUAUUUGUCUCCUCAACCAUCCCAUUCCCAAUACCAAAGACGCCCUCUCGUGUCAGAUCAUCAUUCCUCAGAAGCAAGUCGGGCGCAAAUUCGAUAUCUACGUAUCGCUGGUUUCGUUCACACAUCAAGUGGCGGCCAAGGGUUGGUUCGUUGCAAUGGUCAGCACCACUGUUGAGACUAAUAAUCCCGAGGCAGAGAUUAAGCCCGGAUUAGAUCUUUUGGGACCAAUCAAACAAAAGUUUGUUUCUGUGAGCGAUCUCUACAAGCCGUUAGACGACGGCAAAGAGAAUCAGAUAUUUAUAUCGCAAUCGUUUGACGCGACGUCUCAUUUCGAGACCACGUGUUCCGAUGUUCUCGAUAUCUUCAGACGUGGAACCGGAGAGGACUUUGAUUUCUCGAAAGUGAAACUCGAUUUAAACGAUGACCAGUGAGUNUAAUAUUCUUUUAAAACAAUUCAAAAGUAAUAACUUUAAAAUUUAGACAAUUUUAUUCGGCUUUAUAUAAGAUAUAUUGACAAUACAUAACAAACACUCUAUUAUACGAAUUAAGAAUAUCGUUUUGAAACACAUUUCAAGUUUAGAAUUAAUUUUAAUAUUGGUUAUAAUUAACUGAUAGUAAGAAUUUAAAUUAUAAAUCCAAUUACUAUUAAAUGUUACAUUAAAUUUUGAAAAGAUG